UUUUUUUAAAGAAAAAUAUAAGGGAAUAGGAAAGGAGUUGCUUGAUGUGAGUGAAAUGGACGUAAGAUUUUAUCCACCUCCAGCCCAGCCCGCCGCUGCGCCCGACGCUCCCUGUCUGGGACCUUCUCCCUGCCUGGACCCCUACUAUUGCAACAAGUUUGACGGUGAGAACAUGUACAUGAGCAUGACAGAGCCGAGCCAGGACUAUGUGCCAGCCAGCCAGUCCUACCCGGGUCCAAGUCUAGAAAGCGAAGACUUUAACAUCCCUCCCAUCACACCUCCUUCCCUCCCUGACCACUCACUGGUGCACCUGAAUGAAGUCGAGCCUGGCUACCACUCCCUGUGCCACCCCAUGAACCACAAUGGCCUGUUGCCAUUCCACCCACAAAAUGUGGACCUCCCGGAAAUAACUGUCUCCAACAUGCUGGGCCAGGAUGGAACCCUGCUUUCCAACUCCCUGUCUGUGAUGCAAGAUAUCCGGAGCCCGGAAGGAACUCAGUACAGCUCCCACCCUCAGAUGGCAGCCCUGAGACCCCGGGGCCAGCCUGCAGACAUCAGGCAGCAGGCAGGGAUGAUGCAGCAUGGCCAGCUGACCACCAUCAACCAGUCCCAGUUGAGCGCUCAGCUGGGCCUGAAUAUGGGAGGAAGCAAUGUGCCCCACAACUCCCCAUCACCACCUGGGAGUAAGUCUGCAACUCCUUCACCAUCUAGCUCAGUACAUGAAGAUGAAGGCGAUGAUACCGCUAAGACCAAUGGUGGAGAGAAGCGGCCUGCCUCUGAUAUGGGGAAAAAACCAAAAACUCCCAAAAAGAAGAAGAAGAAAGACCCUAAUGAGCCCCAGAAGCCUGUGUCAGCCUAUGCAUUAUUCUUUCGUGAUACUCAGGCUGCCAUCAAGGGCCAAAAUCCAAAUGCUACCUUUGGCGAAGUCUCUAAAAUUGUAGCUUCAAUGUGGGAUGGUUUAGGAGAAGAACAAAAACAGGUCUAUAAAAAGAAAACCGAGGCUGCGAAGAAGGAAUACCUGAAGCAACUAGCAGCAUACAGAGCCAGCCUUGUAUCCAAGGUAACAGGCAAUUGUGUGGCAUUAUGA